AUGAGAGUAAUAAUAAUAUUAAUAGUAAUCAUUUGCUUGUUUUUUUGUAGUGCAAAUGAAGAUGAUGAUUUGCUACUAGGAUUAGAAAUAAUGAAAUAAGAAGAUGCAAUUAAUAUAAAAUUUAAGCCUUAAAUUUUUGUUGAAAAUAAACUAAAUACUAAAUCUCAUUCGGUAGAAAGAAACAGUUAAGAAUCAGAAACUAAAUAGGAUGAGGGUGAAGAUAAAACUUCUAAUGAGAAAUCAUAAAAAAGUGAUGAAGAAGAAUAAUAAGAACGAGAUAAAUAGUUAAAUAAUAAUAAAAAAGGAGAGAAUGACGAAACUGAUGAUAAAUCUAAUGAAAACAAAGGCAAAGGUAAAUAGGAAGAAUAAGAUGAAAAAAAUAAAGGGAAUAAUCAUAUGUAAUAGAAUGAUGACUAAGGUGAAAACGAAUAAAAAAAAUAAAAAUAGUCUAAUAAUAAUAAUUAAAAAGAUGAUGAUGAAAGUGAGAAAGAAUAGAAGAAUGAUAAAAAUUAAAAAAAGAGUAAUUCUAAAGAUGAUGAUGAAAGUGAGAAUGAAUAAAAAAAUAAUAAAAAAUCUGAUAAGAAUAAUUCUAAAGAUGAUGAUGAAACUGAAAACGAAUAAAAAAAUUAAAAAAAAUCUGAUAAGAAUGCUUCUGAGGAUGAAGAUGAAACUGAGAAUGAAUAAAAAAAAAAGAAAAAAUCAGAUAAAAAUAAUUCUUAGGAUGAUGAUGAUGAAUAAAAAGGAGAAGAUAGUAAUGUAGUCUAUGAUAAGGAAGAUUAAGGUGGAGAAGAUGAAGCAUAAUUUGAAGAAGUGAAUUGGGAUGAAGGAGGUGAUGAAGCAGGUGGAGAGGGUGAUGAAGGGAAUUAUAAUUAAGAUGAAUAAUAUUAAGACGAAUAAGCUGAAAAAAUAAUAGAAAAUUUAACUGAUGAAGAUUUAGGAAGAGUUGUUAGAGAUUUAUUAAGAGGUGAUGGAUAUAGAGGAUAAUAUCUAUUUGAAGAUGAUAACAAAGCUACAAAACCUAAAAAAGCUAAUUUAGAAUAAAGUAAAUUAAACUGUUAUUUUAAGAUGUUGAUGAUGUUUGUUUUUAUGCAUAUGAAGAAUGCAAUUAUCAAGGAAGAGCUAUUAGACUCUGUGGUAGAUUUCCAACAAUACCUCCUCAAUUAUCUAGAAUGACUAUAAGAUCAAUCUAAGUAAUUAAUAAUCUUUUAUUUAGAUUCCAAGACAUACAAGGAUUGAAUUUUAUUCCUCUCCAGAUUUUAAGGGUGAAAUGCAAUCAUUCAUUGGAUCAAAUAGAUGUCUUAUUAAUCCAUUUACAAUUAAUAAUCUUAGUGGAGGAAUAUUUGCUUAUUGA